UUUUAUUUUUUUUUUAUUUUUAUAUAAUACAUACAUAUUGUUUUUUUUAUAAACACGUUCAUGUUGCGAAUAAUAUCCAAGCCAAGAUUUUAUACAAGACGUUCAUUGCAUUCGAUUACUGAAAGUAAUCAACGAUUAAUAACAACGAAUGCAGCAAUUCGUUCAUCAAGACCAAAUAAUAGCUCACUUCGAAUUUUAGUUGGUGUAACUCAACAUCAAACAUUAUGGAAAGCUGGACUCUAUUAUGGAGCUAAGCGAUUUUACAACGGUAGUAUUGAAUUAUAACGUAAAUAUGUAUAUUUGAUAAUAUUAAUAAUAAUAAUAAUAAUAAUAAGGCGGUGGAGGUCAACAGGGAUUUAGAUUAAAUCCUAACGCUCAAGAACAACAACAAAAGCCACUUGAACAAUAUGGCAUUGAUCUUACUGCAAUGGCAGAAAAGGGUAAAUUAGACCCGGUCAUAGGACGUGAUGAAGAAAUUAGACGAACUCUUGAAGGCUUGGCUCGUCGUACAAAAAAUAAUCCAGUAUUAAUUGGUGAAGCAGGUGUUGGUAAAACCGCUAUUGCUGAAGGACUUGCUCAACGUAUUGUAGCUAAUGAAGUACCAGAAUCUAUUCAGGGUAAACGCGUCGUUGCUUUAGAUUUAGGUGCACUUGUUGCAGGUGCUAAAUAUCGUGGUGAGUUUGAAGAUCGUCUAAAAGGUGUAUUAAAGGAGGUAUCUGAAUCUGAAGGCAAGAUUAUUCUAUUUAUUGAUGAGAUUCAUACUUUACUUGGGUUGGGUAAAUCAGAAGGUGCAAUGGAUGCUGGCAAUCUAUUAAAGCCUGCAUUGGCAAGAGGACAACUUCGUUGUGUUGGUGCAACAACAAUUGAUGAAUAUCGCAAAUAUAUAAUGCAAGAUCCGGCUUUAGCAAGACGUUUCCAACAAGUCAUGGUAGACGAACCAACUGUGCAAGAUACUAUCUCUAUUCUUCGUGGCCUCAAGGAACGUUAUGAAGUUCAUCAUGGUGUUCGUAUUUCAGAUACUGCUAUUGUUGCAGCUGCUAUUCAUUCUCAUCGUUAUAUUACGGAUCGUUUCUUACCUGAUAAAGCGAUUGAUCUUAUCGAUGAAGCCUGUUCGAAACUUCGACUUCAACAAGAAAGUAAACCUGAGGCUCUUGAAAAUCUGGAUCGUCAAAUUAUGACUAUCCAAAUUGAAUUGGAAUCACUUAGAAAGGAAACGGAUGUAAUGUCAGUUGAACGACGUAAUAAGCUUCAACAAGAUUUAGAAGAAAAACAAGCAGAAAGUAAACGACUCUCUGCUGUUUGGUAUCAAGAGCGUGAAAAAUUGGAAGAAAUUAAGCGUAUCAAACAAGAUCUUGAAAAGUCUCGUGUAGAGUUGGAUGCAGCACAACGUGCUGGCAACUUCCAACGUGCCUCUGAGUUGCGUUAUGGUGUUAUCCCUAACCUUGAAAAACAAUUACCUACUGAUGACAGUAGUGAAAAUAACCCAGAGUCAUUGAUUCAUGAACGUGUGACAUCAAAUGAUAUCGCUCGCGUUGUUUCUCAAAUGACAGGUAUCCCUGUACGUAAUCUGAUGAAGGGAGAACGAGAAAAGCUACUGCAUAUGGAGGAUGUCUUGUCAGAGCGUGUUGUAGGACAGCAAGAGGCUAUUACCGCUGUCUCUGAAGCAGUACGUUUAAGUCGUGCUGGUCUACAGAAUCCUUCUAGGCCAAUUGCUUCCUUCUUAUUUUUAGGUCCUACCGGUGUUGGCAAGACGGAACUUUGUAAGACGAUUGCACAAUUCUUAUUUGAUACUGAAAGUGCCAUCGUACGUGUGGAUAUGUCUGAAUACAUGGAAAAGUUUAGUGUAAGCCGUUUGAUUGGUUCACCACCUGGUUAUGUGGGACAUGAAGAAGGUGGUGAAUUGACGGAAGCUGUUCGUCGUAGACCUUAUGCAGUUGUCUUGUUGGAUGAAAUGGAAAAGGCUCAUCGGGAUGUCUCUAAUAUUUUAUUACAAGUCUUGGAUGAUGGUAUCUUAACCGAUACAAAAGGUAGAAAGAUUGAUUUCCGUAAUACGAUUAUCAUCAUGACAUCCAAUUUGGGUGCUGAAGCUUUAGUCCAUGAUGAUCCUAAUAGUGAUACUGUGAGCCCACGUGCUAAGGAGAGCGUGAUGGAAGCUGUACGUCGUAGUUUUGCACCUGAAUUUGUGAAUCGUAUUGAUGAAAUGGUUAUCUUUAAUCGACUUUCUAAGAAGGCAUUAAGGGAUAUUGUCGAUGUUCGACUUAAGGAAGUAGAAGAGAGAACAGCAGACCGUCGUAUUCAAAUUGAGGUUGAUUCAGAGGCACGCGAAUGGUUAGGUGAACGUGGAUAUGAUCCAGCUUAUGGUGCACGUCCUUUGAACCGUCUUAUUCAGAAGAAGCUUCUAAACCCAUUGGCUCGUCAAUUAAUCGAUGGUGGUAUUAGAACAGGAGAAACAGCGAAAGUCACGGUUGAAAAAGUUUCAGAAACAGGUGAAGCCGAUUUAGUAAUUCGUCGUAAUCAUGCGCCUGGAAAUAUGAUGAAAAAUGAAGAAGAAAAUAUUUUGAGAAAGCAUAUGGCCCCUGUAGGAGAUGAAGAACAAGCAAUUCAAAAAGAAGAAAAUAAGGAUAAAGAUUCAAAAUAAUUUUUUUUAAAGAAUAAAAAAUAUAUGUUAUGUAAUUUAA